AUGUACCACACCCGCUGUCUGUUGCUUCUCCUGGCUGGAUUCUUGGGACUCUCUCACAGUCAGCCAAGUCAAGAGCCUGACAACACACCCAACCAAACCUAUAAAGAAGUCUCACAGUGGAACAUCUCCAGCUACCAGAUUGCCUCCGACAAUGCCGACUUUGCCUUCCGUCUCUACCACCUGAUAGCAUCCCAAAACGCUGAGCAGAACAUUUUCUUCUCCCCACUUAGCAUCUCUGUCUCCUUGGCCAUGCUGUCCUUGGGGGCUGUCGGAAACACCCAGACUCAGAUCCUCGAAGGCCUGGGCUUCAACCUCACGAAGCUAUCACCGCUGGAAAUCCAUGAGGGGUUCAGGUCUGUGCAGCACAUGAUAGCUCGCCCAUUCACUGAUCUGCACAUCUCUGUAGGCAAUGCGCUGAUCCUGAGCCAGGACCUGCAACUCCUCCCUGAGUUCGCCAAUGCCACCGAAACUUCCUAUAACAGCAAAGUCUUAUAUGCUAACUUCAUAGACAAGAAGGCUGCGACCCAGCUCAUCAACAACUAUGUCAAGGAGAAAACUCAGGGGAAGAUCAAAAACUUGGUCAAUGACUUGAGCCCGAACGUAAGAAUGGUGCUGGUGAAUUAUAUCUUCUUCCGAGGCCUUUGGAAGAAACCCUUCCACUUUUCUAGAGUCUCUACCCGUGACUUCUAUGUAGAUGAGAACACAGUUGUGAAGGUACCCAUGAUGCUGCAAGAUGAGCAGGAACACUGGUACCUUGAGGACAGACGUGUACCCUGCACGGUGCUGCGGAUGGAUUACAGGGGAGACGAGGUGGUGGCAUUCUUCAUCCUUCCUAACCGGGGCAAGAUGAAUGAGGUGGAGCAGGUGCUGUCCCCAGGCAUGCUAAUGAGGUGGAAUCACUUGCUUCAGAAUAGGUUCUUUUACAGAAAGCUCACGUUGCAGUUCCCCAAAUUCUCCAUUUCAAAUUCCUAUGCAUUGGAUGAGAUUUUGCCCGAUUUGGGCUUUCAGGACCUGUUUACCCCACUCGCUGACUUCUCAAAUAUCACCAAAAAGGAGAAACUGCAAUUAUCCAAGGUUUUCCACAAGGCUGCCCUGGAUGUGAAUGAAGUUGGCACAGAGGCUGCAGCGGCCACUGGUUCCUCUGUCAUCUUUUAUUCUGCUUGGCACAAGAAACGUUACCUUACAUUCAACCGGCCGUUCAUGGUGGUGAUAUAUUCCACCAGCUCUGAGAAUAUCCUCUUCAUGGGGAAGGUGGUCGAUCCCACAGCACAGUAG